AUGUCUUUUUCCGCUACAUCAUGGCGCCUCCCAUACCUCUUCUCGCAGUCCGUGGCUCGGACGGGACUUCUCUGCUGCAAGGGCCGCCGAAAUGUGCGGAGUAUACUGCGUUCCAGAGGGACUCUCGUUCAAGUAAGUUCGUGACUUUCAGCAAAGAUGGAUCAUUGUUCAGCUGGUGCAACAGUGACAAGGUCAGUGUUGUGAAGACAUCAGAUGGAUCCUCUGUUCAGGAUUUUGAUCUACCCAAGGCAUCAUUUUUGGAGUUUUCUCCACAGAAUAAAGUGCUUGCCACAUGGCAACAAUAUACAAAAACACAGGAUAACCCUCAAGGAGACCCUAACCUACAGUUAUGGGACCUAGAGACUGGGAAGUGCAUCAAAGCUUUCUAUCAGAAGAAACUGCAGGGAUGGUGUCCAAGUUGGGCUGAUGACGAGAGUAUAGCAGUCAGAAAUGUUAACAAUGAGCUUCACUUCUUUGAAGAGAACAACUUUGAAACCAUUGCCAACAAACUUCAUUUACAGAAGGUUUCAGAAUUUGCUUUGUCUCCAGGAUGCAAGCCCAACAAAGUUGCUGUCUAUGUCCCUGGGACAAAGGGUGGUCCUUCUUUUGUUCGGCUUUACCAGUACCCAAACUUUGGAGGGCCAACCUCUGCACUUGCCAAUAAGAGUUUCUUUAAGGCAGAUAGAGUGGUGAUGCUCUGGAACAAAAAGGCCUCUGCUGUUCUGGUGACUGCAAGUACAGAGGUGGAUAAAACUGGAGCCUCCUACUACGGAGAACAAACUCUACAUUAUCUGGCCACUAAUGGAGAGAGUGCAGUGGUGCAACUACCAAAGAAUGGGCCUAUCUACGACGUUGCAUGGAGUCCCAACUCAACUGAGUUCUGUGCUGUCUAUGGCUUCAUGCCAGCCAAGGCCACAGUGUUCAACCUCAAGUGUGACCCUGUCUUCGAUUUUGGCACGGGGCCUCGCAACGCGGUCUACUACAGCCCCCAGGCCCACAUCCUGGUCCUGGCUGGCUUUGGAAACUUGCAGGGUCACAUGGAGGUGUGGGACAUCAAGAAGUACAAACAGGUUUCCAAGACACAGGCUGCCGACGCCACACUCUUCUCCUGGUGUCCCGACGGGGAACACAUCGCCACUGCUACCUGCUCCCCGCGUCUACGCGUGGGCAACGGUUACAAGGUGUGGCACUACACUGGCACAGUACUUUACAAGCAAGACACAGCGGCUGGACAGGAGUUGUGGGAGGUGCAGUGGCAGCCCUUCCCAGCUGGCACGUUCCCAGAGAAGCCGAUUAAGUACCAGGCCGCACCAAGUGAGUUGGGCACCACAGAGGCCAAGCCGACCCAAGCCUACCGGCCGCCAGCCCUCCGUAACAAACCUGUAACGGCUUCCUCUAAACUGCAUGAGGAAGAGCUACCACAAAACAUGAGGCCCGGUGCUGCAGGUGUGCAGCAAAUGUCUAAAGCAGCCCUAAAGAACCAGAAGAAACGAGAAGCUAAGAAAGCAUCCAAGCAGGAGAAGGCUGAUGUGCCACAAACGCAACCUGAGCCCAGUUCCACUCCAGCCGAUCCGGCUCCUGUGGCCGUGUCCUCAGGGGACCCAGAGCUUGACAAGAAGAUCAAAAAUGUUAAAAAGAAAUUGAAGGCGAUAGAAGAAUUAAAGGAACAACAAGCAUCUGGUAAACCUCUACAGAAAAAUCAGAUUGACAAAAUGCAAAAGGAAGCCCAGCUGUUGAAGGAGUUAGAAGACCUUGAACUUGGAUUGUGAAUUAUGGACGUUUAUCUGACAUAGGAAUUUUAAGCACUUGUCAUUUUGUCAUAUCAUCGAUGAACAAAUGUAAGGAAUACACAUUGCAGCUAACAGCCUGUUGCCUUUAACAUAUUGAGGCCUAUUUGCAAAUUCAUAAAAUGUAAGGCAUUAUUGCUAUGCAAUGUUCUGUACAGGUGAUAAGGGCAGUGAUGUCUAUUUUUUUUUAUGCAGUACUUUUUCUUAUGGUGGAAACUGACAAUUAAUGCUAUACCCAUUUGAAAUGUACUCAAACUUUUCUUUUUUAAAAACCUUGGUGGCUAUAAUGAAUUUCAAUUCCCCCUGAGUUAGUUUUUUUUUUCUGCCAAUGUUGUUUAAGUUGGAAGUUGCCCAUGAUUUGGGAUGUGUUUCACCCACAUACAAAAAUAAAUAUUUUGAAAUCCUGA